AUGAUCACCCAUGCACAAACCACUCGUAUCUUCUCUAGCAGUGUUAUAGACGCGAAAGUCAGCAAUCGUAGAAGUUUCAAAGAACUCGCGGUCCAUCCGAGUAUUCACAAUUAUAUCCAACUGAUUGGGGUCGGUAUCCCGCCCCGGCGGAGCAAGAAGAAAUCUCAAAGGAUCGCCAUCGAACCUGGUCGAUUCCGAGAUCGACGAGGAGGAAGAGCGAUGAAUCCAGAAGCUACCGAAGACCAAAAACGUGAGCGACAUUGGAAACCACCGCCUCCGUUUGGACCCAAAGCCUUUCCCGUUAAAGUCGUUGGGAAUGUCGCCACUUUGGACGAUCACUACCCUGCCAACCACAAGAACAUUCCGGAAAUUGUCCUCGCGGGCCGUUCCAACGUGGGUAAAUCCACCCUGCUCAACGCCUUGCUGUAUGGAAACAAGCACGCCGAUGCCGUUGUGAGGCAGCGUGUGCGCGGAAAGACGCCGGAAUCGGUCAAGCAACCCAAGGGCAUGAAGGCCACAACCAGCGACAAACCAGGAGAAACGCGAGCCAUUACAUUUUAUCAACUAGCGGCUCGUUUGGAGCGAGAAAACGGUGUCUUUUAUGAUCAUGCUCUCCGACUGGUCGAUUUACCGGGGUAUGGCUUUGCCUACGCGAAAGAAGAAGCAGCUCGCAGAUAUCGAGCGCUUAUGGCCGACUAUCUGUUAAAACGUGGAAACAAGUAUCUAAAACGGGUGUUACUAUUAAUUGAUGCGAGGCAUGGUAUGAAGAAAGCUGAUGUUGACUUUCUGAUGGACUUACAAGAACACAGUCGACACUUGCAAGAAAAUAGUCGACUGGAUGGAAAGAGGAAAAAGAAUGCUCAAUUGCCUCCGAUACAGCUGGUUCUGACUAAAUGUGAUUUGGUGACCCGGGCGGACUUGGCGCGCCGAGUGGCUCAAGUACGAUCACAGUUGUCGGACUGCUUUAUACGAGAACCAAGUCAGCUUCCGGUAAUGCUAGUGAGCGCCCGCGCCGGUGUAGGAUACAAUAACGUCGUGGGGGACAAAGCUCGUGGUGGAGUACUAGAACUGCAGAAGGAAAUAGUCGCUUUGGUGACACCCAAGGCACGUGAAGAGAAAGAGCUCGACAAGCAAAAGCCUGAACGACGUACUGAUCACAGACGGCAACGAUAA